AUGUGGACCAAUGAAAUGGAAAGAAUUUCUCAAGAGUUGAAGCAAUUGGCUGAGAGCGUAGAGAGCACGCGCGCAGACACCACAGACGUCACUUCCCAUCGCGCCAACCAAGUAGCGCAACAAUUGGAGGCAGUUCGACUGCUCAAAGCACGCUGGAAGGCUCUGAGGCCUCAGACAGAGACUGUGCUAUCCCUCCUCUCGAGUAGUGGCCCCAAGGGGGCCCCGAAAAUAACAAUGGAGUCCACGCAUCACACAGUGCCUCGACGCUACACUCUUGUGGGUGAGCAAAUACGGGGCCUUUUCUCCUUACUGCAAGGGAUGAAUACGAAGUUAGAGGGAGAGUUAGAUGAACAGGAUAAAUUUGCAAACAAUGUCGAAAAACUUAUCCACAUGAUCACUGUAGCUGAAAAACGCCUUUCGAGGGUCACAGGUAUUUGGAUUCCCUCUGCUCCGAUUCUUCUUUCGACUCAUCCUCACGUCUCCCUUAAUCGCUCCCAGUCUCAAACAGAUGAUGCUAAACGGACAAAGGAAACGGAUUCAACAUCUGAAAAAAUCGUCGAUGGAUACAUGAAUCUACAGGAGGCGAUCGAAGAGUUGAAAUCUCUCUUCUCCGAAAUCUCAGUUCAUAUUCACACAACCAUUGAGUCCUUAAUGUCUCAGGUAAAGCAAUUAGACACGGAGGAGGCAACAGCUCAAGAAAGACUCCAAUUUCUGUCAAGAGAGAUCAGUCUCCUCGCUUUACGGGCUCUGAAACGUCAAUAUAUAUGUGAAGUGAGCCAUGCCUAUGAACAACAUCGCUCUGCAUGGUUUGGCAAACUUAGAGGUCUCCGAUCCAUUCAAGAAAAGUUAAUUCAAGCUGGUACUACUGUCGAAAUUCUCAACGAUCUUCCAGAGUCUGAGGAAACUUCCAAACUCUUGAAGACUAUUCCAGUCGAUCGAUCAUAUGAGGAGGAUUGCAUUGAUUGGUUGAAAGCUCUCAAUGGCACAAAAGUUGAAAUCUUGGGUUAUAAGCUUACUUCAGAGCAACCGAAGAUUCCUGAUUACUUCCAAGGCGUGGAAGAAGAAGCUAAAUUUGAGAAGGAUUUUACUCCUCAAGAGUUGGACACAGCUUCAAUUGCCACAGGAAUCUUCUUUGUAACUGGAAGGCGGGAUGAAAUCUUAGUGGCUUCAUCAUCUCUUGAACCUUUCAGUUUCUAUGUAGAUGUUGGCAGGAUCAUCAGUGACAGUGAUAAACUUAAAACUGGGAUGAUUAACCAUUGGAACUCUCUUAAUGUCUAUUGUACGAAUUGGCUCCAAUUUACUAAGGGGAGUGAUGAGUUUGCUGAGUAUACCAAAGAUUUCCUCGAAAAGACGCUUUCUCUGGUGAAAAGCGCUGUGGAACUCACUAAUACUCGAUUAGACAGACCGGGAAACCAAAAUAGGCUCGGUGAAAUUUCUACUCAAUUAAGGCAAUGGCAAGAAGUGUUUGAAUCGCCUACGAAGGCUGAUGAAUCAACCGAUAUUCCACUUGUCUCUCGCCUAUUCGAGUUACAAAAGGAUGGUGAAAAAUUGAUUGAAUUAGCGCCAUCUCGAACUCUAGUUGUUAGAGCCAUGCUUGAUAGAAAUCGAACAGUCCUACUCAAUGUUUCCAUUCGGCUCUCUGAAAUCGCCUAUCAAUUAGAAAGGCUUAUUAAAGCAUAUGAAAGUCGAGAGAUCGCAAUUAGAAAUGUGAAUGAGGUUGUCAAAGAAGUGGAACAACAAGCUGGUUUUCGAUCAGUAAGUAACUUAGCCACCAAUCUCCUUGGUAUUGAGAUUUCUCCUGACCUAAUAGCUGCUGACGAAUUGAUCGGUGUUAGUAGUCUCAAAAUGGAGAUGUCUUACAAGUCGGAUUUAGAGGGUCUUUUGGAAGUAGUUCAAUCUUCCCGAGAUCUUGAAAAGUUAGUCAGUAAACUCUCCAAAGCUCGAACCUACCUUCGUGCCCACUUACCCUCCAAAUUGAUGCAUUUACAACAAUCCAGUUCAGCAGCCAUUUGUGCUUUUGACGUGAUCAUGGAUGAAACUAAUUCCAAGCCAAGUGUUGAAAGGUUGGAGGACGACACACUACGGAACAGGAUCGUUUCAAGAUCCCAACGUCUAUCUGAUAUUCUAGACGAAUCGGUAAAAAUGCUCGAGGAAAAACAUCAGACUAUGACGUUGAUUGAAACCAAUAUUGAUAAUAUAAAUUCAUGGGUUAAUGAGCUGCUUCCUAGAGUUCAAUCGGCUAUCCACUUACUUUCCGUGUCUACGAAUGAAUCUGUAAUCCCUGAAGCCAUUCAAUUUACUGAGGGAGUUGAAGAUCCAGCUGACCUAUUAGAAGUUUUCAAUGCGGAACAGGAACACUACUCCAAGCUUUCUGAAUUGACAAAGUUGGAGAUUGAUUCUGAUAGUGAGAUUCUAUCCAAUGUGUUUGAUUCACAGACCAAGACAAUUGCUGACAGGUUCGGAGGAUUAAUUUCUGCUGUGAGUGGUAUGGAAGACCUAUGGAAGUCCUAUCUUGCUCAAGAUGAUGCUGUUAAUAAUGAACUCAAUCGUGAAUCAGAUCAACUAAAAGUUCUCAUUGAUCGUUUGGAUAAAAUUAGCCUUCAAAGUGGUCCUUCACUGGCUCUGGCUUCAAAUUCAAAGGAUCGUAUUGAGGUAAUUAGUGUUCUCGUGGAUCUUUUUGAGGAAGCCCAACAGAUUAGGAGUGAGUAUAUGGAUAUGAUUUCAAGGGUAGAAGUCCUCUCAAACCGCUGUUUCAACCGAGAUUCAUUUAGAAUGCAUCUGAAGCGAAGAAAGCUUCUGCGAUAUCAGCUAGGUGACGAGAAGGGGAAGAAGGAAGAGCCAGAGACAAAACCGAAGGACCAGUUAGACAGCCUCUCGAAAAAUUGUGCCAACUUGAGCUUCCGAUUAGCCUCCGUAGAUACUCAGGUCAAACGUUGCAUGGGGGGAAUUUGUAAGACUAUUUCUAAAGUGCAAAAUGAUGCCAGUAAUUCCUGGUCAAUUGAACUUAAUGCACUCUCCGAAAGGCUAGAAAAACUCGGAAGUUUUGCUGAACUUCCUCUCCUUCUAAAAGUCGAUCAGCAAGACUCUGUUUCAAGCUACUUUUCUGAGCGAAAGCGUGAAGUCCAGGACUCCAAAAAGAGGAUCGAUAAUUUAGAAGCUGAGCUCUCUUGUAUCGUCGAAUUGUACAAGAUGGUUCAGCGUUUUCAGCAUUGUGAGAAUGGCCCCGCGACUUUUGCUUUGGGAGACGACCUAUUCAAUACAAAGAAUAGAACAAUGAUUGCAGCAUUGAGACAAAAUCUGAUUGAGUAUGCUAUUCAUGUUGGCGAAUUGCAGUCAACGUUGAACGAGAUGCUCACUUCAAUUUCUAAGAUAACUCUUGUGCUUGAAGACCUACACAAACGUCUUGAAAUAGCUCUAAGCAACAUUGAAGCCGCCCUGGAUCUGUCUUCCUGUGAAAUUGCUCUAGCCCAGUUUUCGUCCAUUAAGAACGAUUUAGAGCCCUUAAGAUCAGAACUUAAGUCGCUACAAACCCUUGGUAAUCAAUCGAAUUCCGCAAUGCAUGCAUGUAUUUCUAAAGGCGCCUCCCUAAUUGCCUCCCUUGGAACGUCAAACACUUCUGAACAGACUUCCUACUCACCUCAGGAUACUCUUUCUCACUUCACCACCGAUUUUGCAUCUCUUGAUAAAAAAUUCCAUUGGAUGGCAUGCAUUAUUGAUGAAGCUGAUGAUAGGCUCUCAGCUCUCAUUAGCUGUUUCAAUCAAUACGAUCAUCGUGUUGCAGAAGCAAAAACGUGGCUUCAUCAAUCUCAGACUUCUCUUAAGUUAAAAUCAGAGAGGACUAAUGCUGCAAAUUCAUUAGAUACUGAAGAAGCUGAAAUGUAUUUAGCUAUGAUUCAGAGUUUUGUCUCCGGUUUCAAUGACGGGAAAAGGCUAGUCAAUGUAAUGGAAGGAGCAGCGUUGGACCUUCAAUCAGAAGCAGUAGAAGUGAAUCGAUGGAUGGGAAAUAUUAGACAAGCACCUUAUUUCCACUCGUCUUCCAACUCAAUAUCCUCUCCACUUCCCAUAUUUCGAGAGGGUCUAAUGAGAACCAAUGAUAAGCUCAAGGACGAUCUUGCCAACUACCUCACUCAAUUAAAUGCUGAGAAGAAGCGAGCAGAAAUCCAACUCACUACCUGUUCCACUUUCUAUAGUAACUGUUCUAGAUUUAUUGACUGGCUGUCUGAAUGCGAGUCGAAAUGGGCUAUUCCUACUGUUGGUACAAAAGAUCCUCAGGUUGCUGCUAAUGAAGAAUCAUUUUUUUGGGAAAAGCAGGCCCUGGUUUCUACAUACAAGCAAAGAAUGACGGAUGUUCAAGUGCAUGAAGUUCUACUGAAGGACCUUUUCAAAUCUGCCGAUCUUGAAUAUGAGAGUGGUGCGAAUGGAAGCCUAUCUGGAGUUCAUUCUCGUCUAAUCGAUGCCAAAAAACGGUUUACCUGGCUUCAACAAUGUGUUGCCACUCGAUUCACCGCCACUGAAGAUCAGGUGAAGAGAGCAGAAGAAAAUGAAGCUCUACAACGGGCAUUCUUUCGCUCUGUUGAGAGUGUUCAACGGCGCUUUACAGCCCUGGAAUGGGAAAUUGUUGAGAUCUCUACAUGGGAGAAGCUAAAUCCAAUAACCUCUGAACCUAUUAUAGAAAUGCUUGAGGAAGUAGUGGUCCAACUAUCUAACAGCCUACAGUUAAUUACAGAGUUUUCUAGAGAACUCGAGACAGCUUUAGAAACUGUCGGAGAUGCUCCUAAUUCUCCUAGACUUGCUGACGAGACCCGGGAAAUGCUAUUAAAACUUCGAAACCUCAGACUCAACACAGAGAAGUAUAUCAAAGCCUGUCUUGCCCUGUCGAAUAGCUAUAGAAUUUUGAAUAACGACAUUGGCAAGUUUAAGGCCCGGAUUGCUGAGAAAGCAUACAUCUCAGAACUAACAUCUCCCGAUGUUUGCAGAUUAACGAAUGAGGAGUGGUCUUCGCUGCGAAAUGAUAUCCUCGUUGAGCAGUCAGUUCUCUGGCAGAUUGAGGAGGAGUUGAAUAAUGAGAAUUUUGAUGAGAAAUUCAACAACACCGAAUCGGCAUUUGACGAGUUCUUGAAUGCAAUAGGCGAAGUCGCUCAAACUUCUGCUUCUCAAUGUUCGGCAGCACAUAAGUUCAAAUCAAGAUUAUUGCAGUUGCGAGAGCUCUAUGCCAGUUGCAAAAAAAAUGUGUCUGAUUAUCAAGCGGGACUUGACACUCAGUUAAGCAAAGGAGACCUCUACCAUGACGAGUUGAGUAUGUGUCAAGAUCGAUUAAAUAAUAUCGAAGCUGAUCUGGGAGAUAUUCUCAAUUCCGCGGUUCUUCGUGGAGAUAUCAAAACUUGGACACCAGACACCCAAGAUCUUGUUAUCAAGGUGACAGCUGUUGAGAGACGUCUGUGUGAUUUUCAAACCAAAGAAUUGGAAAGCCUAAUGGUGAUUGCACAGUCAGGUGAAGAAUUUCUACCUCUUGCUGCCCAGGCUGUUCAAGAUCGUUGGAGUGAUCUCGUGAAUCGAGCAAUGAAUGCUCGUAGUAUUGCUGAAUUGGCCCUUACAUCUAUUCAAGACUCCGCCGACGCUUUUGUAAAUAUGGUGACAUGGAUUCGUGAGGCUGAAGGACGUCUAAUUGCCAUUAUAAAUAAGCCUGUCGAUGAGCCAUCCAGACCUUUUCUAGAUUCUGAUGAACCUCGUUUUAUAGUGAGUGAGUGGAAUGGGUUGGCUGAAGCGCAGUCCUUACGAUUCUCGAAACUAAUGAAACUGCACACGGAGUCGGUAGCUCGCAGGAAAGUGGUCUUAUCUACUACCGAGGAACUUGGAAAGCUCAAGGGGCCACCACCAUCCAAGGCAGAUUCUUCAGUUAUUCGAGGACUAGAACAAGAACUGGCGGAUAGCUACGCUGAUUUAAUUGAGCAUAGUCAAACAGCAGUGAAUAGUGAGCAAGAUGCGGUAAAGAAUACACAGGCUGCUAUAGAGGAUGCUAAUGCAGCUGUCAACGCCACUGAGAAACUCUCAGAUAGGGCUAACAAUCUUCUCUUCCGUGAAGAACUUGGUGUUUCUCUGGAAUGGCAACAGACCUGUUUUAGUGAUUUUUUGAGCAUUGAAUUGGCAACUGUACGUGAACUGAUAGAAAGAUCUAGAAAGUGGAUAAGUGUCCUUCCUCAACCAGACGUUCAAUUCGCAGAGGCCAUCUCUUCAAAGCUGAUGGAUGAGGUUACAAAGAUUGAAGCAAGAAUCAACGAGAGGGUCGAAUUGAUUGGGAAGUUCCAGAGUGGGCUGAAUGAAAUUUUGCAGAGAAUUGACGAGGAAGAAGCCUGGCAGACCACACUCUGCUCAGAGUUAAACCCUGCUUUUAGAGAUGCUCCAAAUGACUUGAAGAAAAAACGGGAAAUGAUUGACUAUUUUGAGGGCAAACUCACCGGUAUUGACAAUCAUAUUGAGUUGGCGAAGAGGAUAUCCAUGGAUUUCGAGAAGCUAACAUCAGGAGAAGGCAAAAUGUUAGCCAUUCCUCAUGAAACUAUUUCUCGAAUUCAGGCUCUUCAUCAAAGCCUGGUACUUCAACAGCAAACUGCCGAAAGUCAACGUCUUCGAUGGAUUCAGAUAUCUGAUCAACAUAUUUGCUUUGUUCGUGAUCUAUGCGAGACAUAUUACCUGACCUUGUGCAUUGCAGCUAAGUUGACGAAGUGUUUCGAUGUCUUCCAAGAAGUCUGCAAGACAGGAAUUCCAAGUGCUGAAGUGAUUGAAUGGGCUAGAGAGACUUGUCUUCCAUCGGAGGAAUAUCGUGAUGUUUUAGAUGCACUUAAAGGUCUUAAUGAUAAAUUCAACCUCAUUUGUUCAUUGGAAGGCAAUGAAGGCGAGUCACGCAUAAGUUCAUGUUUAAAAAAUUUGAAUCACUACACGCGAUCCUUUGAACAAGUGAUAGAGGGAAGACAAACCCUACUAGACCGAGUCGGUAUUCGAGUGAGCGAGUUCAGUCGAUGUGCAAAACGGUUUGCGCAAACUAUCGAUACUUCCAAUUCCAUCUUCCAACAGACCCUAAAUGCUAGCGCCAUUCCUACAAAUACUGCUCUUCUAACGUUGUUAGAUGACGUCAAGAAUGACCUUUCUCAAGAAUCGAAUAAUCUAGAAAAAGAGAAAGCCGCUAUUCAAACGCUUGUAAGGGAUAUCUGUUCUGGCGGGUUGCAGUCACCUUUUCUACCAGAGUUGGACGAAGGUGUGGCAGAGGGCGUUAAAUGGGAAAAGAAGAGUAUUAAAACUACACCCGAUCCUCCUGAAACCUGUUCACUCGAUGCUUCAGGAAUAUUAAACGAACUAACUGAGAAAAAAUCUGCAUUGAUUAAUAUUUUAACUAAUCUUUACGAAAUGGCGGAUAAGUUUUCAAAUACUGCCAAGCGUCAACGUCGAGCUCGCAAGGCGUGCCAGGACUGGAUUUCGGAAACAUCAAAGCAAUUGGAAGUGUGCCGAAGCCUGACGAUUGAGCAUUUGUCGUCUUCUUCUUCGCCUCAAACCAUCUCCAUUCAUCAGAAAGCUAAUAAUCUUCGAAUGAGGCAUGGACGCAUAAAUGUAGGCUCAGUGAAUCAUCAGUUGACUUUGAUAAUCUUGAAAAUAUUUAUACUUCUAUUUUAA